GUCUUCCCCCAAUUCAGUGUUUCACAUCUAACACACUACACUUUACACCCUUUUGCCCUAUUCACCAAAUCACCUCCUACCUCCUUCCCACAACCAACAUUUUUGACAUUAAAUCUAUCAUCUUUUUCUCUCUCCUCUAUUCAUAGAGAGACACAAUAUUUGACAAAAUCCUCAUCAAUAUAUUCAGCGUUUAUCACAAUCAGAUAAGUUUGUUCUAAUUUUCAUCCUUUUUUUUUUCAUACAUAAACCACUUUCUUUUUUCUCCCAUCAACAAACUAAAAACUUUUGUUCAAGAAAGCAUAAUGAGAAACAAAUACACCCACCAACAUCUUCAACAAGAAGAUGAACAACAACACCAACACCAACAACAACAAAGGGCAAAAUUCUUACCAAUGUUAUGUUCAUCAUCAACCAAACAAGUGAUUAUUAAGCUUUCACACCGCCGUAACUCCUCCACCUCUUCCUCCUCCUCCUCCUCCUCCACCACCACCGCCUCUGAGGACCCGAUGUCUCCCCGGGUCGGGUGCAUGGGCCAAGUCAAGAGGAACAACAAGGUGGUUGGAUUUCCAUGUAGGAGUACUCCACCUACUUGUACUAAUUAUAUCAACACUGUUAAAAGUGACAGCAAAUAUAGCAGCAAUAGUAGUAUUGUUAAGUAUCAUAAGCUUAAGAGAUUCUUCUCUGCUAAAAGCCUCACCGGCAGUCCAACCACCACCGCCAUCGCCGCCGCUUCGGUUUCCAGGAGUGGGACCCACAAAGGGAAGAUGAUCAGUGCAGGAAGAAAUAAUAGUACUAAUAAUAGUAAGUCUAAUAAUAGUAAUAUUUGUAGUAUUAGGAGUAGAGGAACAAGGGUUCAUAAUAAAAGAGAUGAUCAUCAUGGUAUGAUUAUAUCAAGAUCCAAGAUUGCUGAGAAUUGUGCUAAUGAAAAUGAAAAGGGUAGUUUGGUAAAUUUGAUAGAGUUGGAUCCGCCAUUGCCGGUGGUGAAGCAGCUUCAGCAACAGGAGAAUAAUAAUGUGAGUUUAUGGAAGAGAAGAUCUGGAGCUCCAUUGAAGGGUUUACAGCUUCAAAUUGGGCAACAGAGUUCUGCUGUUUUAGUUCAACCAACUACUGUAUGACUCUCAUGAGAAGAAGAUAAAAUUGUUGUAAAUGAAAUGGAUUAAGGAGUAGUUGUUUCUUUUACCCUUUGAUUAUUUUAGUUUGAAUAGAAUUUGAUCUUAUAGAGCUCGGUUAUAUGAAUGUUUUACGGUUUAUGCAUCAAUAAAACUUUCGAAAAUCUAGUUCAUAUUCA